CAGCUGCAGUCUCGGUGUAUGUAGAAACGCUCUGGGAUUUGACGUCAAUGACAGCACCUGCGAAUCUGCCGCAUGCAGCAAUGCGGCAAAAUCAAAAUCAUUUGAUAUUGCCUCAUGUGAUUUUAUUUCAGAUGUCAAAUGUCUAAAAUAAUAUCAAAUAAUGAUUAUCUUUAUAAAGAAACAACAAAAUAUCAUUAAAAUACCUUGAAAAGCUAAAAAAUUGAGAAAACUCGGCAAUCGCAUGCGCGAGCUUCUGACCGUUCCCUUACGGUUCGCUGGGUUCGAUGGAUGAGUUUUCCAUCACUUGCGCGUAUGGAGUUCGCUCGGUUCGAUGGGUUUAAAAGGAUCGAAGGAGCUAAUGUAAACACAAGGAAAGAUUACCCAUGGCCGGAUAGCACUUAUGGUGGAGGAGCACGGUACAUACGGGGUUUGAACUCAUGAUGGGCCAAUGUACCAACGGACCAACCUAAUAAGUUGUCCAGCCAAACGAAUAUCUACCCAACCAUUUUUCUUUAAAAAUUGAGCUAUAAGUCCUACGCUAUUUGCUACAUAGAAAUCGCACGCUUGAUUUCUACGUCAGUUCCUACGCUGCACAUCGCGUGUGGUUCGUCGACCUACGGGAAUCUGUUAAUGGGUCGGAAUAGGAACGGUAUCGGUUCCAGGGCAGGAAUGAAUUUCAUUCAGUAAUCGGAAGGGCUACAGGCACAUUUUCAAGAGGGGAUAAAAUCGGGAACUGUUUCAGGACCGCUAUGGGUUAGUGCUUGAUCCCGGGACCGAUAAGGUGGUUCAGCAUCAGUUCCAGAGCCGGGAUGAGUUCAGUUUCAAUUCCAGAACCGGUAUGGGUUCGUGAUCGCUUUCAGGUACGGUAAGGUUUUAGCAUCAGUACCAGGACCGGUAUGAACUCAGUUUCAGUAAUAGACCAACUAAUGAAUUUGGCUUGGGAGCCGUUAGGCAUUUUGGCGUACACCUCAGAUUAAAGGGGAUCUUUGAAAUUUUGUUGCGUAGCCCUGUAACCGUUCCAAAUUAAGUAGUAUCGUUGCAAAAUCAAACAAUUAAAGUCAACAUAAGAAGGCCCAUCGGUACACAGAAAUAAUUCCAGAUGAUUCUAUUCCAUUGGAUGCUUUCAUUCGAAGAGAGAUCAAGUUGAUUCUUGCGUCUAAAUUAACACAAGUUCAGGUUUCAGUUCAAACUCCAACCUGAUGCAUCCGCCAUGUGACCUAAAAUAUUUAAUCGAUUUUAGUUUUAUUUUCCGAGGUUCGUGUUCACAACCCGUUAAUGAGGUUUCGUUAGAUGGCUUUUUUUUAUUUUGGAAGGGGGAGUAGCAAAAACAUCGCCCAUACGUCAUAAACAGCAGUAUCGUGGGAUCUGUAAAGAAGAGAGAGAAAAAAGGCACCCACAACGAAAUUACCGGUUUAUCUUCCCCCGAACGAUGCCGCGGUGCUUGUGCAUGCGGGCUCAGCCUAAUAUGAAAUUCAAUUAUUCACCCGACUCUCCAUGCAUACCAUUAUCGAAACCAAAAACCAAACGAGAGAGAACGACAACAGCAACAACAGAACACCCUGCACGACAGUUGGGCGGACAAAACCGAGCGUCUCGUUUCUUUUAGCUAUUUUCUUCCUGAACCAGGCCGCACUGCGUACCGUCGUCUUGCUGCAACAGCGAACAGGUUCGGCGGUGUUUGGGUGUUCGAAUCCAUUCGCAGUGUUGGAAGAAUGAGCCGGUGCGGGUGGAUCGCCAUCCUGCUGGUCGGUGCGCUAGGGGUCGGGUCGCACGCGGCCCUGCCAGCCAACGAGAGCCGCCGCAUCGACGUCGAGUUUUACAGCGUGCGCACCAACCGCACGUUCAAAUAUCCGACCGUUUCGCUGCGCCCGUUCGGCCCGAACCGGCCCAAGUUCGCGAUCCGGGACAAUCGGUGCGAGUGCGCCGACCUCACGUGCACGUGCUGCGCCGGGCUGCGCAUGGAGCGGCUCGAGUUCGAUCGGCUGUUCUGUUCCGCCUUCACGUACGUGCCGUACGAGUUCGCGAUCGAUCUGGAGGUGCUGAUGGACGCGGAACCGAUCUACCGCAGCUCCCUGUCGGCCAAGAAUCCGCCCCCGCUCUGUCUGCCGGUGCCGAUCCCGUACGUGCCGCUGAACGCGAACCUCUGUCUGCGCCUGUUCGACGUCUACACGCCCCGCCAGAACCUGCACCUCUGCCUGGACGUGGAGGCGCGCGUGUGGGCCAACCCGCUGCUGAUACUGCAUUUCGAAUGUAUGCGGCUCGGUGCGGACGGGCUGGUGUGGCUCAAGCCGGCCGACGGCGACGGGUUCGGGCCGCCGGACCCACCGCACAUCGACACCUACGACGAAGUGACGGAAGACAGACUCGGCUCAAUUUAGCU